ACCGGGGAGCCGAGCCCGGGCGCGGGGCGGCGGAGCCUCGGGCUGCGCUCGCCGGGAACAAAAGGCUCCUGCUGGCCGCGCCGAGCGCCGUGGCCCGGGCUCCGUGGCACCAUGGCCCGCUGCGAGCCCCGCCGAGCCUGGCGGCUGCUGCUGCUGCUGCUGCUCGCUCUCUGCAGCCUGAGCGCUGCGCAGCCCCGCCAGCGCCAGGGUUAUCUGAUUGCAGCACCUUCUGUUUUCCGCUCYGGGGUGGAGGAAGCCAUAAGUGUGACCAUCUUCAACUCUGCCAAGGAGACAACGGUCCAGAUCCAGCUGGUGGUCAAAGGGGAGACGGUGUCACGAGGCCACGGAACCGUCCUGGAUAAAGGAACAAUUAAACUGAAGGUGCCUUCAGGGCUUCGUGGACAAGCCCACCUGAAGGUGUGGGGCAACAGGCACCUGGCAGAGGAUGGUUACAUUUUCCACAACUACACCACGGUCACCAUCGACAGCAAGGGCUCCUCGGUGUUCAUCCAGACCGACAAACCUGUCUACAAACCCAAGCAGAAAGUGUUGAUAAACCUCUUUAUGGUGACUUCUGACCUGAGGCCCGUCAAUGACAGGAUUGAAGCUUACGUGGUGGAUCCCCGGGGGUCUCGGAUGAUAGAAUGGAAUAACUUGAAGCCCUUUUGCUGUGGCAUUGUCAACAUGACUUUCCCUCUGUCUGACCAGCCAGUGUUUGGGGAAUGGCUCAUCUUUGCUGAGAUGCAGGGGCACACUUACAACAAAUCCUUCGAAGUGCAGAAAUACGUAUUGCCAAAGUUUGAGUUGCUGAUCGAUCCCCCUCGCUACAUCCGUGACYUCUCCCUGUGUGAGAAAGGAACUGUCCAUGCCAGAUACACAUUUGGAAAGCCAGUGACAGGGAAGUUAAUUGUCAAUAUGACUAUAAAUGGUGUGGGGUACUACAGACACGAGGUGGGACACCCUGUCCUCAAAACCACCCAGAUUGAUGGCUCUGCAGUGUUUGAUGUGUGCGUCAAGGACAUGAUGCCUGCAGAUGUCCCAGAGCAUUUCCGAGGCACAGUCAACAUCUGGGCCACGGUGAUCAGCUCUGAUGGCAGCAAACAGGUGACCUUUGAUGACUCCACACCUGUGCARAAGCAGCUGAUCGACAUCAAAUACUCCAAGGACACCAGGAAACAGUUCAAACCUGGGCURCCCUACAAGGGCAAGGUAGAAGUCACGUACCCCGAUGGAAGUCCAGCUGACAGAGUCACCAUCCGGAUCAAAGCAGAGCUCACCCCAAAGGACAAUGUUUACACCAGUGAGCUGAUCUCCAGGAAUGGCCUGGUGGAGUUUGAAAUCCCCUCCAUCCCCACAGCUGCCCAAUACGUCUGGCUGGAGACCAAAGUGACAGCAAUUGAUGGAAAACCUUCUGGAGAUCAAUAUCUGCCCAACUACUUGUCCAUCAGCAGCUGGUACUCACCCAGCAAGUGCCACAUCCAGCUCCAGGCACCAGAUAAACCUUUCCAGGUGGGAGAGGAGGCCUGGAUUGCAGUCAAGUCCACGUGUCCCUGUAACUUCACCCUCCACUACGAAGUGGCAGCACGAGGGAACAUUGUCCUGUCGGGGCUGCAGCCCAGCAAUGUCACCCAGCAGAGGAGCAAGAGGGCCACCGUCCCMUUUGAGAAGAACAUCGACCUCACACGCUUCCCAGGAACAGCCCCUCCCAGCACGCCUGCAGCCGAGGUGGAGGUGUGUGUGACCUUCCUGCGCUUCCCCAUCGCUCACUCCAUGGCUCCCUUGGGCCGGCUCCUCGUGUACUAYGUCAGGGACAAUGGUGAGGGUGUCACUGACAGCCUCCAGUUCGCUGUCAACUCCUCCUUYGAGAACCAGGUUACGGUGGCGCUCUCGGCCAACGAGACCAGGCCUGGUGACCUGGUGAACAUCAAGGUCAAGGCUGCAAAAUCCAGCUGUGUCUGCAUUGCUACAGUGGACAAGAGUGUCUACCUGCUCAAGCCAGGCUUCCAGCUGACAGCCAGCCAGGUGUUCCAGGAGCUGGCAGAGUACGAUGUGUCGGACGCUUUUGGAGCCCCAAAGGARGAAGGGCAUUUCUGGUGGCCGGGGAUGUCCUCCCGCCGGCGCCGCCGCUCCUCCGUCUUCCCCUGGCACUGGGACAUCACCAAGGACGCUCGCUUUGCCUUCACGGAAACUGGCCUGGUGGUGAUGACUGACAUUGUGAGCUUGAACCACCGGCAGAACGGGGGGAUGUACACGGACGAGGCUGUCCCAGCCUUCCAGCCCCACACUGGCACCUUGGUGGCCACCAUGCACUCCAAAAUAGCCCCCAGCAGGGCAGAGAAGAGGAAAAGAACYUUCUUCCCCGAAACRUGGAUUUGGCACUGCCUCAAUGUCAGUGCCACCUCRGGGGAAGCCCAGCUGCAGGUGGAGGUGCCCGACUCCAUCACCACGUGGCUGACCGAGGCCGUGGCUCUGUCCGAGGAGCAGGGCCUGGGCAUUGCCAGCCAGGCCGAGCUGAAAACCUUCAAACCCUUCUUCAUCGACUUCACGCUGCCCUACCACGUCAUCCGCGGCGAGCAGACCAAGAUCCCCCUCACAGUCUACAACUACCUGGCCCUGUGUGCYGAGGUCCAYGUGAAGAUUUCUGUCCCAAAGGGCAUUAAAUUCGUUGGGCAYCCYGGGAAGCACCACCUGACRAGGAAGAAGUGCGUGGCCCCUGGGGAGGCCAAACCCACCUCCAUCGUCCUGGCCUUCAACGAGCUGGGCCUCAGCAACAUCACUGCAAAAGCUUUUGCCUACGGUGGGACCAAUUGCUGCCAGGAGGGGAUGCAGCCCCCAAAGAAUGGCAAACACUCUGAGGAUCCUUACCUGGACAAGAGGACCCCAGUGGGAGUGGAUUAUGUUCGCAGCAGUGUCAUUAUUGAGCCAGAGGGACUGUCCAGAGAAUACACCUACAGUGUGUUCUUCUGCCCAAAUGAGAAAAUCCACAUUUCCACCCCUAACAAAUACGAGUACCAGUACCUGCAGAAACCUGCCCAGAUGAGCCACUUUGACAUCGCAGUGAAGGCGCACAAYGAUGCUCACCUGGCCCUGUCCUCGGGUCCCCACGACAUGGCCGAGAUGACCGAGAUCGUCAUCGGGGGACACCAAAACACCAAAACCUGGAUUUCCAGCAGCAAAAUGGGAGAGCCAGUGGCCAGCAGGGACACYCCUGCUAUCCUCUCCUGGGAUGAAUUCCGCAGCUUCUGGAUCAGCUGGAGAAAUGGUGUUAUCCAGGUUGGCCACGGUACUCGGGCGCUAAACGAAUCAAUAAUUGUGGAGUGGACAGUCCCCAAACGGCUCGAGGUGAAGUACAUUGGCUUUUCCACAGGCUGGGGGUCAAUGGGAGAGUUUAAAAUUUGGAGAAAAGAAGAGACUGAUGAGAAUCACAAUGAAGCAUUUACUCUUGGAGUUCCCCACAACAUAAUUCCAGGAUCAGAAAGAGCUACGGCUUCAAUAAUAGGAGAUGUGAUGGGUCCCACUCUGAACAACCUGGACAAGCUGCUGAGGCUGCCCUUCGGCUGYGGGGAGCAGAACAUGAUCCACUUUGCCCCCAACGUUUUUGUCCUGAAAUACCUGCAGAAAACCAAGCAGCUCAGCCACGAGGUGGAGGCUGAGGCCACCGAUUACCUCGUCCAAGCUGAUUUCUAUGUUUCCCUUCAGUUGACAGCUUUUGUCCUCAAGUCCUUUGCUCAGUCCCGUGGGUUUAUUUUCAUUGACCCCAAAGAACUCACGGCUGCCAAGGAUUGGAUCAUCCAGCACCAGAAAGAGGAUGGGUCUUUCCCUGCAAUGGGCAGGAUCCUCAAUAAGGACAUCCAGGGUGGGAUCCACGGGAAGAUCUCCCUGACAGCUUAUGUGGUUGCAUCUCUUCUGGAAACAGGGGUCACUUCUGAGGAGGAAAGAACAGCUGUUGACAAAGCCAAACACUUCCUGGAGUCUCACCUGUACUCAGCUGAGGACCCGUACACCACAGCMCUGACCGCCUACGCGCUGACCCUGCUGCACAGCCCCUCUGCGGCCGUGGCGCUGCGUAGGAUCAACAGCAUGGCCAUCACCCAAGAUGGCUUUACCCACUGGAGCCUCACAGGAACCCUGGUCACUGAUGAAGACACCUUCAUGGGCUUCAAUGAUGGCCUCUCUCAAUCAGUUGUUUCUGCAGAAGUGGAAAUGACAUCUUACGCCCUGCUGACCUACACACUCCUGGGGGACGUGGCCUCUGCGCUCCCYGUGGUCAAAUGGCUCUCCCAGCAGAGGAAUGCUCUGGGAGGAUUCUCAUCUACCCAGGACACCUGUGUGGCCCUGCAGGCUCUGGCUGAAUAUGCCAUCCUUUCUUAUGUUGGAGGGGUCAACCUGACCAUUUCCUUGGCCUCCACCAACCUGGAUUACCAGGAGACUUUUGAGCUCAACAAGAUGAAUAAAAAGGUCCUCCAGACAGCAGUGAUCCCCAGCAUUCCAACGGGGCUGUUUGUCAGUGCCAAGGGGGAAGGAUGCUGUCUGAUGCAGAUCGAUGUCACUUACAAUGUCCCCGAUCCUAUUGCCAAACCAGCUUUCCAGCUCCUGGUGACCCUGAAGGARCCCAAGGCAGAGCAGCAGCUCCAAGCCCCAGCCCCACCACGCUCGGGUUCCACCGGGAGCCGCCCCGGGGCCCCGCACAGGGACCGGGCUCUGGGGGAUGAUGAGGACCCCGCCUCRGACCAGGACCACCGCGAGUACAAAGUCAUCCUGGAGACCUGCACCAGGUGGCUGCACUCUGGCUCCUCAAACAUGGCAGUGCUGGAAGUGCCUUUGUUCUCAGGAUUUCGGGCAGACAUCGAGAGCCUGGAGCAGUUAUUGAUGAACAAGCAAAUUGGGCUGAAAAGAUAUGAAGUGGACGGAAGGAAAGUCCUGUUUUAUUUUGAUGAGAUUCCCAGCCAGUGCAUGACCUGUGUGAAGUUCCAAGCUUUCAGGGAGCACAUCGUCGGCAAAACUGCUCCCGUUCCCAUCAAAGUGUACGAUUACUACGAGCCAGCUUUUGAAGCCACUCGUUUCUACAAYGUGAGUGAGAACAGCCCCUUGGCCCGGGAGCUCUGCGAUGGCCCCACCUGCAAUGAGGUGGAGAGCUCAGCCAGCCAGUGGGUUGGCUUUGUCCACUCUGGCCCUUGCAACAGUGUCCUGGGCUGCCUGGAGGACGAGUACUUUGAGCAGUGCCUGUGCUCGCGGGACUGCGGCUACGACGGGGAGCCCGUGUGCGGCUCAGAUGGAAAYAUCUACCCCAACCAGUGCCAGAUGGAGGUGGCAUCCUGCAGGAACAACACCAGGAUAGAGCAGAUGCCCAUGGCUCAGUGUUCUGCCUCCAAGAACUUGCCAGAAGAAAGAGAGACACACUCCCACACAGCUGAGCAGCCCAGCAUUCCCCAGACUCCAGCAGCCGAGGAGGGUUCCCCCCUGCACACAGACCUGUCCUAUUACUCGUACGAGUACGACCCCGACGCCUUCGCCGUGGACACCGAYGCSUUCGAGGUGGUGGCRGAGCUGAGCACGGCCAGUGYCCCCCACCCUGGGGACAGGAGCCAMGGAGAGGCCACCACGGCAGAAUGAAAUGCACAAUUUCAAUAAAGAGAAGAGGCUCAGAGCCUGCUCCCGUACGAGUUUGUUCCUCCAGACCACCGACCUGCUGCAGAACAGACCCCCAACGAACGAUGACUACUUCUGGUGCCCUCAGAACUGUAGGCUCUGGAGCUCUACGGGGGACACUCAGCAUUAUUCUCUGUCCACUUUCCUGCCUUCUGUGCGUCCAUCCUCUUUGGAGCCCUUCCAGCCGUGGGAGACCGAUGUGCUGUGCCCUCUAGGUGAGAGAAAUAGGGGCUGGAACUGAACCCAUAGAGCAUUUCUGAGUGUUUUCUCUGCUGUCAGGAUAUCCUGCAAAUGCCAUUUCCUAGCUACACUUAGGAGCUAAGUCCAGACCUCGUGCUUAGCUGAACUGCUGUUCGAGGAAAGAUGGCUGAGAAGUUUUUUUGCUCAAAUGAUGAUGAUGAUAAUAAUAAAAAUCAGUCUGUUUUGCCAAUUA